AGCAAUUCCAUCGCUCGCGCUCUCGAGCUCCAGAUAGAACAGAAGUGAGCGAGUCGCGAGGCAGAGGACUCAACAGCGUUCCGCACGAUAACAUACCUGUGCACACUCCGGGCUUUACUAGCAGUUGGAGCGGACUGAGAUUGCGAUCUGACGAGCCUCAACACACCGCCUCCGGUUCGCUUCGCAAAGUGAACGAGAUUUUAUGCUAAAGUUUCCAGGAUUUGUUUAACCUCCCGCGGACGAGAGCGGAAUGAGCGACUUUACGAUGAUAAACUGUUGCCUGAUUCUCUGCGCGUGUCUUCUGUCCAGCCAAGCGGUCUGGAGUCAGCGUGUUCGAGUGGAACCCGAGGUCACUGCGUCUCCAAAUGGAUCUGUCAAUCUGCGCUGUGAGUUCGCCAACAGCGGAAGCACCAAACUCACACAGGUUUCGUGGAUGUUUGAGCGUGUGGAGGGUGAUAGGCACAACAUUGCUGUGUUCCAUCCCCAAUAUGGAGCCAGUUUCCCUAAUAAAGACUUUGAUGGCCGAGUAUCGUUCACUCAGGGCUCCCUGGAGAACCCCUCCAUUAGGAUCGACAAACUGAGGAUGGCUGAUGCUGGCAGGUACAUCUGCGAGUACGCCACUUACCCCAGUGGAAAUGAGCAAGGGACUACCACUCUUAUCAUGCUGGCCAAACCCAGAAACUCUGCUAUCGCCAUCCCAGUGCAAGCCGGCUCUUCUGAGGUGGUCGUGGCCAGGUGCGAAGCAGCCCAAGGAAAACCGGAGGCAACAAUCUCCUGGAUCACAACCAUUGCCGGCCGCUAUAACCACACCUCAGUGCCCGAGAGGGACGGGACGGUCACCGUGAAGAGCGAGUAUCGGAUGAUCCCGACACCUGCUGAAAACGGAAAAGAAAUCACCUGCAUGGUGAAUCAGAGGACGCAGAUCGAACCCAAAGCCUUCCCGCUGAAGCUGGUGGUGGAGUAUCCACCCACUGUGACAAUAGAAGGGUAUGACAAUAACUGGUAUAUGGGUCGGACUAAUGCCGUUUUGACCUGCCAAGCUGAUGCCAAUCCAGCACCCACUGAUGUUACCUGGAGAGCUGCGUCGGGUCAGUUGCCGCCUUCGGUUCAAGUGGAUCAGAACCGGCUGCUGGUGAGGAAGGUGGACGAAACGGUGAACACCACUUUCGUGUGCGAGGUGAAGAACAGUCUGGGCUCUGGCAAGAAAGAGCUGGCCGCAACAAUCAUCGAUCAACCUUUACCAGCACCAACCAGCAACACUGGGCCAGUUGUCGGGGGCAUCAUUGCCGCCAUAAUCAUCUUGUGCUUGAUCGGCGCUGGUGUGGCCUUGUACCACAAACGCCGCCAGAGCAUGCAGAACGGAGAAUGCCCCCCCAAACACAAGCCGCCACCUCCGAUGAAGUCUGGCAGCUCGACAGCAAUGCUGAAUGAACCACAGGACAAGACCACAACCAUCACGGAAACUCAGCCGCUCAGCAACUACGAGACAAGCUAUUACGAAACCAACUCUGCAGAGCCUGUUACGGAUCUAGAUGAUGACAACACCGGCCCUCCGGCUAACGGCGGCACCCCCACGGUCUGGGACGGCUCAGGACACCCUCCCGAAAAGGACGACACGACCGACGAGACCCUUCCACCGUACGAACCAGCUGACCAGAAUGACGUCGAAGCUAACUAUACUAGCGUAGCCCGUGACGAAAGUUUCGUGUCCAAGCCCAUGUUGGUCUAAAAAUGUAGGCUGUGCCUGCGAUUUGCACUGCCACCAUCCUGCCCAGCCGCGGACGCCCGUUACAGCACAGCCGGCUAUAGUCCACGGCUCGGGCACAAACACAUCCAAAAUCACACAGCCUGGUGACAUUUCUUUUACACGUGGCUAACUGACCUUUUAACCUAUUCUCAUGGUUUUGUGGAUUACACCUUUUGGACCAGAUCGGAUUUUGGACAUUUGAUAAUGUAUGACAAGAAGUUCUUAGUACUUUAAUCAAGCACACUUUGAUUAGCAAUUAACGGUAAAACAAAACCAUGAGAAUUGGUCAUUAUUCACUUUUUGGGCUACCAUGUUACAUUUAUUUUAAUCCUGGUUACGUGAAAAACAUGCACAGCAAACACAUUCAGAAAGCGUUUAAUUUUCCUGGAAGGUCUAAAUAUAAAAAUUGCUUUCAGUAUUUUAAAAUACACUGCAUAUACUGUCAACCGUUGCUUAUGUUUUAUGAUCUGUAUUUUUUAUUUUGCGAUCUCGGUGUAGUGCUCUUUUAAGGUUUAGCUUUCGUCGGUUUCGUGCGUUAACGAAAAAGUCUUGUGGUAUAUGCAAUGUAUUUUACAUACAGCAAAAUUGUAUUUUUAUAUUUUAUAUCUGAUGUCAUUUUGAUCAAUUA